AGCCUUUCCGGCCCAAGGGUCUGAUGUCGAGCCAAGCAGAACGCUGCCGCUGCCAUUCGCUGGGGCGGCAUGAUGGGGCCAGCUGCGCUAUCAAUCGCAGCAUCCUUUCGCCACCGUGUCGCACUGGGUCUCAGGAUCUUCCUGCGCAAGCAGCGAGUCCGGGGAUGGUCGCUCAUCUUGGCUUACCUCGCGUGCGAGCUGGUCUGCCUCUGGCGCUUCCGCCUGCGCAUGGCUCGGCUGCGGCAGCCAAGGCGGAGUGAUCGGCGAGGCACCCUCGAGGACUUGCAGUGGCUGGUGGACUCUGCGGAGCAUCCCAUAUGCCCGAUCAAUCUGAGUAAGGAGUCCAUGGAGAUUUACUUGAAAGAGAAGUAUCCAGACAGGAAGCAGGGCCUUGACUGGAAAGACGUCUACGCUACAGUCCGCGACGCGUUCUGUCUUGCAGGGCCCUCGGCCAUCGAGCAUGCCAAAAUUCUGCGCAUCAUCACGGCCAUGGCAAAGCAGCAGGGCAUUAAGCCCCCUCCGGCGGACGCGAAGCCACCGGCGCGCGAUGCACCUCUGGCCUUCGGCAGCGCGCCGCUGCAGGUGGUGCACAAGCCCUUGCCCGUGGAGGCUGCUCUGUCGGUUGCACGCUGGGUUGCCGAUGCCCUGUUUCUCGCCCUCGGCUUUCGCCAGCGCUGGCUGCCCACGCCAGAAGGGUGGUUGCGAUACUGGUCGUGCCGCCCUCGCGAAGCUGACCCGGCAGAGCUGCCCGCAGUCUUCAUCCAUGGCGUCGGCCUCGGUGCGGCCCCGUACUUGCAUUUCAUCGACCGGCUCCGCAGGGGCAGGCGGGCACCGUUGGUGGUGCUGGAGCUCCCGAACUGCUCUCGUUCCAACUUCCAGGAGGUCUCGCCGAGUGUGCCCUCCUUCCGUGACGCCUUCGAGCGCCUGUUGCUGAACGAGCUCCAGAUCGCCGGCCCAGGGCGCUACGUUUUGAUCGGGCACUCCCUAGGCACGGACUACUGCAGCAUGGUGAUGAACGACCCGCGCAUGCCAAGCAGCGAUCCCGUCUUGCGGCCAGCACGGCUGGUCCUGCUCGAUCCGAUCUGCUUCGUGCACGAGAUUGCAGAAGCCCACCGCCUGCCAUUCUGGACUUUCGCGGAGGCGCGACGGCACGCCGCCAAGGCUGGUAUCUGGUGGCCUCUGAUGAUGAUUGUGCUUCUCGUAGUGAUACGGGACGAGUACAACCAGGAAGGGACCAAGCGUGCGAUUGUGCCGGGCACAGACUCCAUCUUUCGUUGCUCCCACUCCCUAUUGCAGCGCUGCCCGACACUGGUCGUCCUCUCGGGCAACGAUGUGGCUCUUCCAGCUUGGAAAGUCUACGACUACGUGCGAGCACAGUUCCCUGAAGUGCAGGUUCGUAUCGAUCCUGGGCUUGAGCACGGAGGUUUCUUGAUGCCGUGGAAUCCGUGGUGGCUCUCUCGAGCACAUGCUGAACACAUCAUACGUUUCCUGGCCUCCGACGCGUCCCUGCCGUUCCGGCGCGUCGGUUCGCAGCCCGACGCGAAGCGUGAGGCGAGGCGUCAGGCUGAGAAGGAGAGGCCCAUCAGACGCAAGACUCUCUCGGAGAGCACCCUGUUGGCCUUGCAAUGAGGCGGGCGUGUCUGUGCCUUCGGCUGCACGGCAGGCAGAACAAAACGACGUUCGUCUCGGCCUUUGCUGCCACAUUGCCGAGAACGGCCCAGGG